AUGUCUUGGAAACCAACGGGUAAGAGACCACGAGAACGCCCGAGGAAAAGAUGGAUGGAUGUGGUCGAGGAAGAUCUAAAAAGGAUAGGAAUAGAUGAUUGGAGAAACAUAAUCCAUGAUCGAAAGAAGUGGUGUGGAGUUGUGAUGGCGGCAAAAACUCUUGUAGAGUAG